GACAACACAAGGUGAAAAGAAAUCAACAGUGUUUAGGCUGCACAGCUGGCCAAGCCCUAAUGCCUGCCACCAUUGGACCAGCCAAAAGUUCAUCAUAAAUGCUUUGCUAAGGUCCUCUCCAAAUCCAACCAACUUCUACCAAGCGGCCUCUUCCCGUCGUUCCAUCGCUUUCUUCAUCCUUUCCUGCCUGCCCUGGUGCCCCAAACAGAGAGAAUGGAUCAGCCGGGCCACACCACCCCGCCGGUGAUGGGCGUCGCCACUGGGGUGCCCUACGCCGCGGCUGCCGGCGGCGGCCCCUACCAGGCCUACCAGCAUCUGUACCACCAGCAACAGCAGCAGCAGCAGCAGCAGCUCCAGUUGUUCUGGGCCGACCAGUACCGCGAGAUCGAGCAGACCACCGACUUCAAGAACCACAGCCUGCCGCUCGCCCGGAUCAAGAAGAUCAUGAAGGCCGACGAGGACGUCCGCAUGAUCGCCGCCGAGGCCCCCGUGGUCUUCGCCAGGGCCUGCGAGAUGUUCAUCCUCGAGCUCACGCACCGGUCGUGGGCUCACGCCGAGGAGAACAAGCGCCGCACCUUGCAGAAAAAUGACAUAGCCGCCGCCAUCUCCCGCACCGACGUCUUCGACUUCCUCAUCGACAUCGUGCCGAGAGAGGAGGGGAAGGAAGACGUGGCACGCCCGCUCGGUGGCCCGCCCACCGACCCGAUGUCUUACUACUAUGUCCAGCAGUAGCAGUAGCAGCAUCAGCAUCAACAAUGUGGGUCUAUGUUUUCUUUUGCAGAGAAAUAGUUUCUCCAAUUAUGCCUUGCUGUCUCUAUCUACGUCGUUUCUCUUGGACCGGGAAGGAACAGAAAACAGUCAUCCAGGAUGGUGGUGGUCGAAUGAUAGCAGUAAUUUUGUUGAAGGAUUCAAUUCCCUUGGAAUAACUUGCUGAUGUUUAAUGAUUGGGUUCUCUUUGUUAACACAAUGUUUUCAGCCAUAGCCAUGUGGCCAACCACAAUUACAUCUUAAUUGUAGCUCGACACUUGUGUAGUUGUUAUGUUGCAGUAGAACAGAUUGACUGAGGUUGGUGAACCA